UGUUAAUUUUAUCUAGUAGUUUGUUCCAUAUUUAUUAUUUGUUCUACAAAAGUGAAAAUUGUAUUACAAAUACCUGAUUUGAAAAUCAAUCAAGUUAUAAUUAGUAUAUUAAAGACAAGUGUUAACUUUUUUUUAUAAACUUUAAAUUAUAUUCAUGAACUCUUCUCAAAAUAGUUUGUUAUUGAGAAGGACUGUCACACACUUUCAUAUCCGAGUACGUAAAGGAAACUGCGUAUGCUUAACAAAGCGCCAGUGAACCGUCUUUGAUGUCUGGACAAGCCAAGAGAAACAGCAGAAGCAACAGCAAUGAUUCCUUACUUGAACAUAGUUUGUCACUGGAUUCGAGUGUAAUUAUCACAGGAUAUGAAAAGCCCUGGCUUGAUAGAUCUGCUAUUUGUUUGGACGCAGGGUCGGAUACAGAUCAUGCGAACAUAGAGAACAACGAAACAGCUCUUGAAUGCAACUUAAACAUACGAGGAAAUCAAGAACAAGAUAAUGGGAAAAGGCGGUCAUCAUUGAUGUCUAUAAAGAACGAUUCUGGUAUUGAAAAUAGUAUGACAAUAGAUAAAAGUAUAAUCAUUACCCACUACGAGAAACCUUGGGCUGACAGAUCUGCCAUUGACCUUGAACCUGGUUCUUUUUCUGAACAAUGUGUUGAUAAAACAACUGAGUCAAACACUACUGAAAAGGAAAAUUUAGAACUCCACCCUGAUAGGUCUUCUCAAGGUCAUUCAGACGUACAGCAAAGAGCACGUGAUCAUGAGAGAAGAAAAACCCGUAAACACAAAAUUCAAGACAAUGAAAAUGACAAAAAACAAAAAAGAAGCAAUAGAAAAAGUAAAGAACGAUCAAGAAGUAACACACCCGUUCAUCGCACAAGACGAAAACCACGCAGAUAUCGAUCAAGAAGCAGUGAAACAAAACAUCGAUCCAGAAGCAGGACACCAAUGUAUCGCACAAGACGUCAAACUAGUAGAUAUCGAUCAAGAAGCAAUGAAACAAAACAUCGAUCCAGAAGCAAGACACCAAUGUAUCGUACAAGGCGCAAAACUAGAAGUUACCAAUCAAGAAGCAAUGAAACAAUACAAAGAGUAAGAAGUAAGACACCAAUCCGACGUUCUAAACGCAAAAAGCGCAGAUGACGUUUCGAAAGCCAAACAUCAGGUCAGCGAUCAUUGACAUUGGACGCAAGACAUCCACACGAAGGAAAUAAACUGAUAAAAGCGUAGUUUAACAAUCAAAGUUAUGGUGGAGUUAUCAGUAGUACGACAUUAUUGAAGUGUUGUUAGUAUGUCGUAUUGCAGCACAUGAACUAUUUUAAGAUGUUGUUUUUUCUGGGAAUAAAUGCAAUAACCUAGCAUAAUGAUUUAUAUUCUAAUAGGAAAACUCAGUGCACCGUAUACACUAAAGCCCUUAUCAAAAACACAUCACAGGGAUUUAGUAUUUUAACGUCAUUAAUAGUCAAAGAAGACAUGACUAGUGCAAUGUCAAAAAUAAAUGUAUCGACAGGUAGUAGUAUAGUGAAGAGCGACAUCUAUAGAAAUAAAAGUUAACGUGUCUGUGUCUCUAUACAUCUCGCCUCAAAAGAUAAUGAAAUUUAGUUAUGUUUUAAUUUGCUAAUGACAAAAUCAAUAUUAGUGC